AUGAUUUUUCUCAAAUGGAUAGUGAUUUCUCUUUACCUCGCACACGUCUUCCCGAAUCACACAUUCACAACAGGAAGGGAAGGAAGAGAAGGGAACGAAAUUGGAAAUGAAAAAGGGAGCCUUUUUCAAAAAUUAAGAAACAACUUAAUUAAUUAUAUUGCAAAGAAAAAAAAAUAUGAUUCGAAUGGAUGGGUAAACUUGUCCUUACUACAAGAUGAUGGAUUUCAAGAAAUCGAUCUUCGUCUUGAAAAUGAGAAAAUUAUUUGUAAUGAAGAUAAUCAAAUUUUGGAAGUAACUGUACUAAAUCAGAAAUUGUUAAAACAUACAGAUGAUGCAUCAUAUCACGAACUGACUCUGCAGAGUAAAAAAUUAGAACCAAAUAAAAAGUUACUUUCAAAAAUUCCACUUAUGAAGAUGACGAAUUAUCAACCAGGUGGAACAACAGCAUUUGUACAAUCUGGAUUAAUGUCAAUCCAUGCUUUUCCUUCCAAUUUUGAAGGGUAUAUUGUAUGCACAAAGAAAAAUACACACGCUGUCCUAGCACCUAAGGUAAUGAAACCAGUAGAAUUUAUAUCAGGCCCGUGGAAAGUAAGAGUCAGCAUAGAUUUUUAUAGAUGUCCAAUUUCAAAUUUUGGAAGAAUAUUUCAAAUAACAAUAAUAGAUAAAGUGAAUGUCCUGUUAAACAAUCAAAAGUCGUUUAUCUGGCCUAUGCCCUUGACAUCAUUUUUCGAGGUCUAUGAUAUGCACAUGGCAGUGCGAGGUUGCAAAAGUGGAAAUUUCUGCGAAUUAGAAAGAACGGGUAUUGGAAAUGGCAUUGGAAGUGGAAGUCUCAUACUAAGUUGCCCUUGCUGGGAAAAAACUCAAAAAUUUAGCAUGGGGAAUGCAGUACUAUUCUCAGCAUACCUGGGCAUGAUGAUCGCUCAAGGAAUGGCGUACCUAUUUGUGAAUUCACCAACGGAUGAUUACACAAACAAAAAUAGAAAACAAGUUUUAAAAAAUGCACCAAAUGCACGUAGAAAAACAAAAAAUAAUUCUGUCUACCCAAAUGAUGAAUACUACGAAGGAGAAAAUAAAAAACCUUUAAAAAAAUUAAAUAUACUAACGAAUUUACUAUUUUGGGGAGGUACAACAAUUGCAAAUGUUCUCUAUGGUAUUAAGUCUUUGGUAGAUAUUUCCCAAAAUUUGAAUCACAUAAAUCAGGAAUUUGAAAAGGGUGCUUUGUUUUACCCGUGGGAGUUACGCUACCCUGAGACAUACAGCCACCUGAGUCAUGUCAAACCCUGGGAGUGGCAUUACAAGAAGGGACAUCAGCACAAUGCACCACUAGAUGAGAUGAAGCAGAAGGAGAGGGAGCAAAAUGAGAGGAAGCAGAACGACGAAGCCAAAACGAAUGAAUCGAUGGAUAACUUCCCCAGAGAGAAAAACACAAAAACUCAGAACCAUCCCCAAGGAAAGGGAAUCAAACCGAGUAUCAUAAAAAUGUUUGAGCAAAAUAUUAGAAGCUCUUAA